AUGUCGAAUUCUGUAAGUUAAUUGAUUAAUUAGGUAAUUAAGCUCUGAAUAAGAGUUUUUCUUUUAAAGAUGCUGCCAUAUUUGUCGCAAAGGAACCCAAAUCAGCAAAAACAACACCAACAACAAAAUCAAUAUUUACAAUACAAACCGAGACGAACUUUUGUAAGUUUUUUUUUAUUAAAUUGAUAAAAAAUGAUAAAGACGAUUAAAUUUUGGAAGAAAAACUUGGGGAAAUGUAAAAUUUUGAUUUUGGAGGGGAGAAAAGUGAAUCACUUCUUCAAAUUCAAAAUAUUUGCUCUUUCUCCAUGAAUUUUAUUUACAUAAAAAUUUUCGCAAAAUCUAAAAACCCCCGUAAUUUCUUCCAUUCCUAAUGGCAUGAAAUUCAAGAUCAAAUUUCCGCUUUUUUCUCGAUUUUCCUCGUUUUGGACUGGUGAAGAUGUGUUUUAAAAUGCUAAGCAAACUUGUAUUUAGAAGAAAUGGGUCAAGUUUUCUAGACAAUGUUUGUUUUUUGGACUAUUUUGAGAAGAAAUGUCUAAUUUUUUUGCGAAAAAAAAAGAAUUUAAAUGUUUUUUGGGUUUCCAGGCCAUUUACAGGCUUUCUGGGCCAUUUUCCAGCCCCCGAGCUUGAAAAUCCGGUUUCUAGGCCAUUUUCCAGGUUUCUAGGCCAUUUUCCUGGUUUCUAGGCCAUUUUCCUGGUUUCUAGGUCAUUUUCCAGGGUUGUAGGCCAUUUCAGGCUUUUUAGGCCAUUUCCCUGGUUUCUAUGCCAUUUUCCAGGUUUCUAGGCCAUUUUCCUGGUUUCUAGACCAUUUUUUGGGUUUCAAGGCCAUUUUCCAGGUUUCUGGGCCAAUUGCAGGCUUUCUGGGCCUAUUUCCUGUUUUCUAGGCCUUUCUUUAGGCUUUCUGCACCAUUUUUCAGCCCCCCAUGCUUAAAAAUCCGGUUUCUUGGCCAUUCUCAGGCUUUCUGGACCAUUUUCAGGCUUGCUGGGCCAUUUUUCAGCCCCUAAGCUUGAAAAUUCGGUUUCUAUGCCAUUUUCCUGGUUUCUAGAGUGUUUUUAGGCUUUCUGGACCAUUUCUACGGCCAUUUUCAGGCUUUAUGGGCCAUUUUUCAGCCUCCCAAGCUCAAAAAUUCGGGUUCUAGGCUUUCUUAGGCUAAAAAAUCUGAAAUUCUUAUCAUAAAUCAUGAUUUUUCUCCCCAAAUUCGCUAAAUUUCUCGACUUCCACGAGAAAAAAAUCAAUUUCCGGUCAACCAAACGGCGGAUUAUUAUCCUAAUAACAAUAAUCAUGGGGCGAAAACAUACAUACACAAUUUCUCCCUUUUCUCUCUUCGUCUCUUCAGCGCCCCGUACUAUUUCGCCGCUUCGAAAAGUGUCUGCCGACCGAUUUUUCUCCAUUUUUUUCACACACACAAAAUUUUUCGCCUUUUUUGUGUUGUUCUUUUUCUUGUUUUCAUUCAUUUUCCAAAUUUUUCUUGGCAGUUUCAAUUUUCAUUUUCAAUUUGAAUUCAAGAUGACUCAUUUCCGGAAUGGCAGAUGUUUCUUCUUCGAAUUUAGUUUUUGUCGGCGAUUUCUUUGAUGAUUUUUGAGACAUAUGGAAGUGUUUUGGGUUUAGCUCUCGAAGAUUUUUGUUCCGCAAGCUUCCGCGUAGCGGCACUAUCUUCCGCGCAGCGGCAGGUUACGCUAACUCGAUGCAUUUUUAAAGUUAGCAUUACUUGCCGCUAAAGCGGACGGUAGUACGACUCAUAAGGCUGACCAUAGUACGACUUAUAACGCGGACCAUAGUAUGGCUAAGCGGAAUUUUCCGCUUACACUCGCUCCGCUCGAAGAUUUUUGGUCUUUUUCUAUUUUUCCCACAUUUGUCUGUCUUAUCCUUUCGUCUGCUCCAAACUUUUUGGAUCGAAAUUUAUUUUUUCACCCAAAAAUUUGACUUUUCUUCGAAUUCUAGUUGUUUCCUUGUGCUUUUCCUGUUUUCUAGUCAAAUCUAGUUGAUAUUCAGAUUUUUCCAGCUGCUAUCAUGUAGUUUAGCUGAAUUUUCGUCCUAAAAUUGCCACGUCAUAGCUUAUUCGUACGUUUCUGACCUAUAAUCAUGUGACCUUGAUUCGAAUUUCCCGAAACUCAACUCCAAAGCGAUUCAUUCCCUGCUCAAAUUUUUUUUUUCCAAAAGCACAUGUCUCCUCGAGUUGAGCUAAGUCCGUAAUUUCCCUCCCAAUUUUUUUUUACACUUUUCUCUUCCCCGCCAAAAAAAAAGAGAUGAAACAAUUGAAAGUGAUCAAACAGCAAGCUUCUGAUAUUUUUUUUUCUUGCUUGAUAUAUCUAAAAAAAAAAGUUUUUCUCUCGAGAGCUCGAAAUGAAAAGGCAUAAAUAAAUUAUAAUAAUUAUUUCUUCUUUUUCCGUUUUUUCUCUUUCCGUUUUUGAUCGCAGAAUUGGUUAGUAGCUUUUUGAAUGGAUUAACUAUACUGUAGUUUUUUUUUCAAACGUUUUUUGAUCAAUUUGUUGACUCAAAAUAUAAACCUAGAUACACUUUGACUAUAAUCUGGUUUGCUUUUCGUUCGAUCAAACUAUAAACAUUUAUAUUUUAUCUAGAAGAGAUUGUCAUGUUUUUUGAGCAAGUUAGUUGGAAUCUCGAGUUUUAAUUGUGUUCAUAGGAUAGACAGGUCCAAGACAUUUCAAACGAUAUAAUUUUUGAUGAAUUUAGGCUAUCCAUAAGUGAUUUAGGGACUCUUAGUCGCUAAAUCACUUAUGGGUAACGUAAAAUCAUCAAAAAUUGUAUCGUACGAUAAGCCUUUGAACAUAAUUUGACUAAAAGUCGCUAAAUCACUUAUGGUUAGCGUAUUUUUUGUUAAUUUUAAGACACGUUAUCGAACGAUAACUUAAAAUUAUCAAAAAUUAUAUCAUUCGACUUGUUUUAGACCUGUCGAUCCUAAGAAUAAGGUUAAAAUUCGAGAUUUCAACUAACUUUCUCAAAAAAUAUGAAAAAAAAAUGCCCCACUGCAACCCUGGCACACUUUUCCUUGUGCCAGGGUUGCAGAACAAACGUUAGCUAACUGAAUACACGCUAUUAAAGCAUCCUUGGCUGUUUUUGGUGCAAUAACCCAAUUGUUUUUCCCACAACGCAAAACAACAAAGCAAAAAAAAAAUGGAAAAUUGAGAGAAUAUUAUUUUUCAUCCGCCUUCCAGCUUGUUAUUUUUUUUUUAUUUUUGUCAGCCAUUUGUUCUUUUUCUUUUUCUCAAGAAACAAGAAAAUUGAAUUAUGAAAUUGCAAUUGGUUUAUCGAUCGACAAACAAGAAAAAUCGUUAAAGUCAUGGUUUUCGCUCAGAAAAAAAGAAUUCUCUCCGAUAAAUGUUUGUUUACUAUUUGUUAGUUGCUCUAUCAGACUUUUCUUCCAAAAAUAAUUUUUUUCUUGCUCAUUUUUUCCGUCCUAUAAAAAGGCCCAAUUGAAGCGUGAAAAAGUUGCUUUUUUAUGGCUCAAAGUCAUUAAAUGUGUUGUAGAAGAGGAAGAGGAAAAGGAAAAGCAAACAAAAAUAAUGGCUUUUUUUGAAGGAAGGGAAUUUUCUUUUGCUAGAAAAAAAUGGAAAAAUGAUCUCUUGCACUUUAGAGAAAGGUUUUGGACCUGAUCUUAUUUUUUGGGUCUCGCCGCGAUGUACCUUUAAAUAACGUUUUACCCAGAAUUUCGAGCUCUACAAGAUGCAUUAGGUCUCGAAGCUGAAUUCUGAGAUUUACCAAAAAAGGUACCCCCCCCCAUUUAAAGGGUCUCGCCACGAUGUACCUUAAAAUUCAUAAUUUUUGAAAGGUUAGUAUACCAUUUUACUCGGAAUUUCGAGCUCUACAAGAUGCACUAGGUCUAGAAGCUGAAUUCUGGAAUUCACAAAAAAAGGGUACCCCUCUCCGGUUUAAGGGUCUCGCCACGAUGUUCCUUUAAAUUUGUGAUUUUUUGAAAGGUUAAUAUACUUUUCUACUCAGAAUCUUGAGCUCUACAAGAUGCACUAGGUCUCGAAGCUGAAUUCUAUAAUUCACAAAAAAGGGUACCCCACCCCGGUUUAAGGGUCUCGCCACGAUGUUCCUUUAAAUUUGUGAUUUUUUGAAAGGUUAAUAUACUUUUCUACUCAGAAUCUUGAGUUCUACAAGAUGCACUAGGUCUCGAAGCUGAAUUCUAUAAUUCACAAAAAAGGGUACCCCACCCCGGUUUAAGGGUCUCGCCACGAUGUACCUUUGAAUUUAUAAUUUUUAAAUUUCUAGUAUAUCAUUUUACUCAGAAUUUCGAGCUCUACAAGAGGCACUAGGUCUCGUAGCGAAAAUUUGAACUUGGAAAAUUUAUGGUACCCGAUUUCCACAUGAAAAAAUGUGUUUUCCUCUAAAUUUCAAGACGAAUCUAAGUAGCUUUAUCUAGUAUUUUUGUUCAAAACAAAGUACAGUGAUAUCAUAUAUUUGUCCAAAAUCCCCUCGAGUUUCGAAAUUUUCUGCAUAGAAAUAUUUUUGUUUUGCAUACUAAACAAAACUUGGAAAUUUGAGUAUAGAGACUAUUUUGGCAUUCGAAAUUUGACCUUAUUCCUCUUUUAGAGACCAGGAAGCUUUUUUAUUCCGCAGGCUUCCGCGUAGCGGCACUAUCUUCCGCGCAGCGGUAACUUUUAAGUUUCUCCUAGGUAUGCAGCCGCGCGGAACCUUGGCUCCCGCGUAUCUACCGCUUCCGGACCAUAAGCCUGGAUAUAGGCCCCCAAAGAUGCUUUUUUAUCCUAUUUCGAGUGCUCUCAAUCAAAAAAAAAAUCGAAUUUUCCGUCUCAAGAACCCCACCCGUCAUGUUUCUAGAAGGUAUUGGUCGAAUUUUCCAUCUCUUUCCGUUUGUGAUGCUAAUUUUGGUCGAAAAAGUUCCUUUUUUCCCCAAAAAAAAGGCCUAAUGUGUUUCUUUACGACGUCGUUAGACCUUGAAUUUUUGAAUGUUUUCUGUUUUCUUUUUCUCGAAAAAAAAAACUUGAAUUUUUCAUCCCGCAAGACAAAAGAAUCGGAAAUUAACUUGGAAAAUUCAAUUUUUCCUGCUCGCAGAGCACAACAAAAAUGAAUUUACUACAAUUUGCUCGGCUCGAAACAAAUAUGCACUUAUUAUAUAUAUUGCUUCUUCUUCUUCUUCUAGCCGUUUUUCCCCGCCAUUCUAUCCGUUUUUUUCGCUUCGAGCAAAAGGCAGAGAAAUGGAGCAUCUUUGUGCUCUCUUUUGGCUCUUUUUCUCUGCCAGCUCUCUUGUCUAAAGUGUCUCGAUUUCCCUCGUUUUUUUGUGUCUUUUUCGCUGCUCCAAGGUUUCCCCUCUUCAGUUUUAGCCAAACGCUUUUUUUUCGUUUUUGGCUGAAAUUGGUGGUUUUUAAAUGGUUUUCCGGGGUUUUGUGUGGGAAGGUCAAAAGUUUAGGGGUUUUCUUCGAUUUUCAAAAGGUAGAGGCCACCGGGGUUCGAACCCUUGACCCUGAGAUUGACAGACAGCACCAUUGCCACUGAGCUAUCCGAUUUUUGAUAGUUUUUUCGCUCUCUGAAAAUGACUUUUUUCUUCGUCUCGAGACCCAGCUGCGCCUUUAAAAUUGGCUAUUUUUUUCGUUCCUUCGACCGUAAACAACCUAAUUUUUGGCGCCAAAAAGUGCUUCAGCAAAAACAACAAACACUUUUUUUUUCUUGCUUUUUGCGAAGCCAAAUCCUGGUUGACAUGGAAACUGAUUUGUUUUGUUGUUGUUCUUCACUUCCGAAAAAAAUUUCGAGAUUUUUUUUGAUAUAUGCGAAAUUGGGAGAUUAAUGUUGCGGAAAUCGUGUUAGAAUUUUUAAAUUUUUUCUGGAAAUCUGGAUAAAAAUUAGGAAAAAUCUUGGAGAUUUAGGGAUUCUAGUAGUUUUCGACCCGCUGAUCACUUUUCCGUUGUCUAAAAUUGCAAAUCUCAACUCUGAAAUUAGUUAUGACGUGGCAAAGUUGGGAAAGGUCGGAAAAUCUGACUUUCACAUCGAAAAUCUCAUCGGUACCACGCGCUCCACCGAAAUAAACACGCAACGCAGACCGCGCCGCACCACAACACACACAAAAAAGGGAACGAUUCAAAUUCCCUCCCUUUUUUGUGUGUGUUGUGACGCGACGCGGUCUGCGUUGCGUGUGGAGCGCGUGGUACCGAUGAGAUUUUCGAUAAUAGCAUGUGAACUCUAGUUUUGAACUUGAUUUUUAUGCAAAUACCGGGUAUGCUAUCAACAUUGCAUUUAAAAAUCAUUUUCGAAACUAGUUUUCACCUCUUAAAGUCCCGAUUUUGCCACGUCAUAACUCAUUUCAGAGUUGAUAUUUGCAGUUUUAAAAGGCAGAAUUGUGAUCAGCAGGUCAAAAUCUGCUAGAAUCAAUAUUUUACCUUAAAAAUCGUAUUUUUCAUAAGUUUCUAGUCGAAAUUCAGUUUUCCCAAAAAAAUUCCCGUUUUUUUCGAUAAUUUUCCCAAAAUUCGUGUUUUUAAGAAUAAAAUAUGUGAGAUUUUGAACCUUGACUCCAAAUUUUUCCGUUUUUCGUUCGAAUUCUAUCGAUUCUUGUCUUACCCCCUCAAAAUCCUCAUUUUUCCGCAGAUGGCUGACGGUGAAACAGUUGUUUCAACAGUCAACAAUGUCGAAGAAAUCCACGGUCAACUCUUCGAAGUCGCGCCGCGCUACGUGAAUUUAUCGUAUAUCGGAGAAGGUGCGUAUGGUAUGGUCGCCUCCGCUUUGGACACAAUUACACGAGAUCGAGUGGCGAUUAAGAAGAUCUCGCCGUUCGAACAUCAGACUUUUUGUCAGCGGACGUUGAGAGAAAUUAAGAUUUUGACCAGAUUUAAACAUGAGAAUAUUAUCAAUAUUCAAGAGAUUAUACGCUCGGAAACUGUGGAUUUGAUGAAGGAUAUGUGAGUGCAUUUUGGGGUGGAAAAAUACGUUUCAAAAAUUCUUUGAUAAAAAUCUAUUACAUUUGUUUUUUAAUACUUUAUCUCGAAAAAGUCCUGGGGCGUCCAAAAACAAAAAAAUAACGUAAAAACAGCAUUUUCCUAUUCAAAAUCCCGAGAUAAAAAUUCACAUGAAGUACGGUAGAACCUGCACAUCUUACUCGAGAAGAAAUUGGACAGAAACCCGAGUUAGAUACGCAGGUAGUACGGUGGGUUCCUUUAAUCUGGAAAUUAUGUGUUUUGGACAGUAAUUUUCUGUUUUUUUUUUGUACACAGCAUGAAAUUUCGGAGACAGGGAAAAAUACGUUUCAGAAAUUCUAUGAUAAAAAUAGUGUGAAUUUUUUCCAAUCAAUCAACAUUUUGGCAUCUAAAAACCCGAAAAAAAACAGAAUUUCCAGAUUGAAGGAACAUACCGUACCACCUGCGUAUCUAACUCGGUUUUUCUGUCCGAGUUAGAUGUGCAGGGUCUACCGUACUGCCUUUAUGUAAUAUUAAAGGCACAUACGGUAGAACCUGCACAUCUAACUCGAGAAGAAAUUGGACAGAAACCCGAGUUAGAUAUGCAGGUGGUACGGUGUGUUCCUUUAAUCUGGAAUUUUUGUGUUUUGGACAAAAAAUUUUAUUUUUUUCGCUAUUUUCUUGUUUUUGGACGUCACAGGCUUGAUUUUAGCCGAAAAAUUUUCAAAAAAAAUUUCUUUCACUGAAAAAUUGCUUUUUUCCAGUUACAUUGUUCAAUGCUUGAUGGAAACCGAUUUAUACAAAUUGCUCAAAACGCAAAAACUAUCCAACGAUCACGUCUGCUAUUUCCUCUAUCAAAUUUUGCGCGGUCUCAAGUAUAUUCACAGUGCAAACGUGCUCCAUCGCGAUUUGAAGCCGUCGAAUUUGCUGCUGAACACGACGUGCGAUUUGAAGAUUUGUGAUUUUGGAUUGGCGCGCGUCACCGAUCCACAAACUGAUCAUACUGGAUUUUUGACUGAAUAUGUUGCCACAAGGUUUGGGUUUCUGUUUUUUUUUGAAAAUAGAAUAUGCUUUGGAAAAAAAAGAGGUCAGGUGCAUUUAAAAUGCAAAACUCGAUUUUCACCUGUUUUUGAUGUUUGACGCUGAUGUUUUAUACUUAGGGUACACUUUUUGACGGAAUUGGGAAUGGAAAAGGGAUUUUUCUACUUUUUGGGACCAAAAAAAAAAAAUUUGGAAUUUUUUCAAUUUUUUGAUAAUAAAUGAGCUCUAAGGCUUGAAAACUUGAUUUUUGGACAAAAAAUUUGCGAUUUUUGAGCUCAAAUGAGCCCUGGUCACAAAAUUCAGGGUUUUUUGACACCAGAGGCUUUUGGGCCCAAAAUUCACAUUUUUCCCGUAUAAAAUAGGCCCAGGCUUGAAAAUUUUUAGUUUUUUAGGACUUAGGGCUGAAAAGUUGUAAAAACUCGAUUUUUGACCGGAAAAUUCCGAUUUUUUUGACACCAGAGGCUUUUGGGCCCAAAAUUCAGGAUUUUUCUGGAUUAAAAUAGGCCCAGGCUUGAAAAUUUUCAGUUUUUGAUACUAAAUGAGCUCUAGGGCUGAAAAAUGGUGAAAAAUCGAUUUUUGACCAGAAAAUUUGCGAUUUUGGGGUCAAAAAUUGGAUUUUUUGGUUUAAAAUAGGCCCAGGCUUGAAAAUUUUUAAUUUUUUGAUAUUAAAUAAGCCUAGGAGAGCUCUGAAUGGUCAAGUUUGCUCUAUCGCACACAUAAAUAUUCUCUUACCUUCUAAAAAAGCGCCAGUGAACCUUCAGGCUCCUGGAAAAGCGUCAGAGCUUUAAAAUUCAGGUCAAGAAAAUUUAAAGCUAUCAUUUUUGCAGAUGGUAUCGUGCUCCAGAAAUUAUGCUCAACUCAAAAGGCUAUACAAAAUCAAUUGAUGUCUGGUCAGUGGGUUGUAUUUUGGCUGAAAUGUUGAGCAAUCGCCCGCUUUUCCCUGGCAAACACUAUCUCGAUCAAUUGAAUCUGAUCCUAGCCGUCGUCGGUUCGCCGUCUCAAGAAGAUUUGCAAUGUAUCAUCAAUGAUAAGGCUAAAUCCUAUCUCAUCUCAUUGCCACAAAAACCCAAACAACCGUGGCAUCGAUUGUAUCCGGGAGCUGAUCCGAGAGCUUUGGAUUUGUUGGAUAAAAUGUUGACGUUUAAUCCACAUAAUAGGUUGGUUUUGCUGAAAAUUUGAAAAAUUCAGGUCUCUUAUGACAGGAAUUUGUCAGUUUUUGAGCUCAAAGUUUUCUGGUUUUGACAUAAUUCUUUUUUUUUUUGCCCAGGGAAAAGUGCAAAAAUAAUUAAUUUUUUGAAAGUUGGUAAAGUCAUCAAAAUUUAUAUCAUUCUGUUCGUCUUAGACCAUUCUAUCAAAUGAAUAACAUUAGAACCCAAUAUUUUAACUCAUUUGCUUAAAAAAACAUGAAAAUGUUAUUUAUUUUCCAGCUUCCCCAGCUUCAACCUAUCUUUUUUUACAGAAUAACAAUUGAAAAAGCAUUGGAACAUCCAUAUCUCGAACAAUAUUAUGAUCCAUGCGAUGAACCGGUUUGUGAAGAACCAUUUACUCUAGAAAUGGAAUUCGACGAUUUGCCCAAAGAAAAAUUGAAGGAAUUGAUUUGGCAAGAAGCUGAACUUCAUUAUAAAAGAGUGACUGAAGAAGCGGCGAAGGCUGCUGCCGGAAAUCAAUAA